AUGGGAGAUCAAGAACCAGAUGUCAGUAAUCAUAUUUAUGAGGAACAUUAUUUGGCUAGUGAUGAUGACGAUGGAAUUGAAGAUUUCGAUUUUCCUAAUAAUGAUACACUAUAUAAUGGCGGAUUUCAAAUAGGAGAAAGCAGUAAUCCUAAUUUAGAGGACGCAAAUAAUGAAGAAGACAAAAAUCAUUUCAUUGAUGAAAACAUAGAGGUUACUAUUGAUUUCAGUGAAUCAGGACAACCACAUGUUACUCAUGAAGAUACAGAUUUUAAUAUUGAUUUCAAUGAAGGACAACCACAUGUUACUCAUGAUUAUGUUUCUCCUGGUGGCACCUUGUAUUGGACUCCGAUUGUUUCAGACGACAUCAAACCAAAAGUUUCAUCAACAUUUAAUUCAUAUGGUGAAGCAGAAACAACGUAUAGAAAAUAUGCAUUAGAAUCUGGUUUUGAUGUUAGGCUUGGAAGAGUCCAAAAAAUGAAAAAUGGGAUUAUUACAAAAAGAAAUCUUGUGUGCAAUCGGGAAGAAAUAGUUCCCGGCACUCUUAGAUAUGUCGUGAGUGAUUUUGUAGAGCAACAUAAUCAUGAAUUGUUUAGCAAGGGCAAUAUGCACUUAUCUCGUUCAAAAAGAAAACUUGAUUAUUCCCAAGAAAUUUUCAUUCAUAAUUUGUCAAAACAAAACAUUGGUCCUGUAAAAGCACAUAGACUGUAUGGUGCUCUUCAGGUUGGUCCUUCGGUUCGAGGUGGAUUGGUUUCUGAUUUCAAGAAUGCUAGGAGGAAUCUUAAUUGUUACAUAGGUGGGAGGGACGCGAAAUUCUUUGUUGACAAGAUGAAUGACAGGAAGAAAAAUGUCCCAUCAUUUACUUUUGAGUAUAAAGUGUUGAACAAAAGAUUGAAUACUCUAUUAUGGGCUGACGAAAUAGCAAAGUAUAAUUACAAUUCAUUCGAAGACGUUGUAUCACUCGAUGCCACAUUCAGCAUGAAUAAGUAUGACAUGGUUUUUGUUCCGUUUACUGGAAUCGAUAAUCACAAAAAAUGUGUAACAUUUGGUGCUGGACUUUUAAGUAAAGAAGAUGGAGUUUCUUAUGAAUGGUUGCUUACAGCUUUUUUGAAAGCUUUUAGAAAACAACCUCAAUUGGUUUUAUCUGACCAAGAUCCAGCUUUGAAAAAAGCUAUAGAUAAGCUGGAACCACAUGAGUUCAAGAAUGUAUGGCGUCUGAUGUUGCAGGAGUUUAAAAUUACUGGUAACAGUUGGAUGAAUACCAUGUAUGGUUUGCGAAAAUCUUGGAUCCCCGCAUUUUUCAAGCACAUUCCAAUGUUUGGUCUUAUGCAAAGUAAAUCGUUGUCUGAAAGUCGGAAUUGGUCAUUUCAAACUACCACAUUAACCGGUUCUUAUCUUGUCAUGUUUAUGAUGACAUUUGAAUCAGCCAUGGAAUGA